UUUCGAAAAUUCUAAAUUGUAGGUUGAAGGCUUAGAUUAGAGGUCACAACUCAGAAGAUUAAAGUUCAAGAGAUAAUUCAAAUGAGUAUAGAUAAAUAAAUGAGAAACUUAUUUUUUUGCAUUUUCAGAUUUAUAUAAAUUCUCAAUCUUUCUUUGCCUGGAUUUCAUCCUGACAACACGUUUAUUUACAUAGGUCUUUUUGAAAUUGAAGAUGCAAUUCGCUGGCAAAGUAGUUUUAAUAACCGGAGCCAGCUCAGGAAUUGGAGCUGCAGCAGCUAAACUUUUUAGUGAACAUGGUGCAAAACUCGCUUUAGCUGGUAGAAAUAUUGAUAAUUUAAAUAAUGUUUCAAAACAGUGCAGUGUUGCAUGUCCAGAAAGCACAUCAAAUCCUUUUAUUGUAACGGGUGAGCUCACUAAUGAAAAUGACGUGAAAGCAAUCUUGGACAAAACCAUUGAACAUUUUGGAAAACUUGAUGUUUUGGUUAAUAAUGCAGGCAUCCUUUCUUCUGGAAGCAUAGAAAACACUUCUUUAGAACAAUACGACCAAAUAAUGAACACCAAUAUGCGAUCAGUUUAUCAACUAACAACAUUGGCGGUUCCUCACUUGAUUAAGACGGAAGGUACAAUUGUAAACGUAUCUAGUGUGAAUGGUAUUAGAGCAUUUCCUGGCGUUUUGGCAUAUUGUGUCUCUAAAGCAGCUCUGGAUCAAUUCACACGAUGUGUAGCCUUAGAGUUGGCUCCGAAAAAAGUUAGGUGUAAUAGUGUAAACCCAGGUGUCACCAUUACCAAUUUGCAUAAACGAUCUGGUAUGAAUCAAGAGCAAUAUGAAGCAUUUUUGAAAAGGAGCCAAGAGACUCAUGCUAUGGGUCGUCCAGGUACUCCAGAGGAGGUAGCUAAAACCAUAUUAUUUUUGGCUGGAAAUGAUUCUAGUUUCAUAACUGGGGCUACUUUACCUUGUGAUGGUGGUAGACAUGCAAUGUGUCCAAGAUAAUCUCAAUUUUAUGUUUGAUUUAAAACUUCUAUAAAACUUUUCUAUUUUUAAGAUAUAUAAAAGUGAUAUACUAUAUUGUUGCUUUGUUAUGCUUGAUUAAAUAUUUUGAGUAAUUACAAACAAAAUUUUUGAACUGUAGAUCCUUUACAAAGUAACCCUUUUGCCUGAAAUAGUUAAGAUAUAAAAGUGGAUUAAGAGGAUAAUGAAAUAAGAAAUGAAGUAUUUCAUGGAAUAAAAUAUAUUAUAAAUACA